AAAUCCGAAAUAACUAAAAACACGACCGCGACCGUGAUUUGAAACUCUGAUAUAAUCCAAACCCUCUUCUUUCGAACCAUCAUAGUUCUUGUUCCCGUGGCAGAAGAAACUCAUCAAUGGCGGAAAAGAGCAAGGUUUUGAUCAUCGGAGGAACUGGAUACAUCGGAAAGUUCAUCGUCGAAGCCAGUGCAAAAGAGGGUCACCCCACUUUUGCUCUGGUAAGACAGAGCACUCUUUCCGACCCUGUUAAGUGUAAAAUCAUCGACAACUUCAAGAACUUAGGGGUCCAAAUCUUGAUCGGGGAUCUCUAUGAUCAUGAGAGUUUGGUGAAGGCGAUAAAGCACGUUGACGUCGUGAUUUCAACCGUCGGUGUCGGUCAGCAGAUAGAAGAUCAAGUUAAGAUCAUUGCUGCCAUUAAAGAAGCUGGUAACGUUAAGAGAUUUUUCCCAUCGGAAUUUGGGUUGGACUCGGACCUAAAUACUGCGGUCGAGCCAGCCAAAUCGAUGUACGCAGUCAGGGCUCAAAUCCGUCGUGCCAUCGAGGUCGAAGGGAUCCCCUACACUUAUGUGGCUUCCAACUGCUUUGCAGGCUACAUUCUUCCAUCUCUGUCGGUGGCACCGCCGGGAACCGCCUCUCCUCCGAGAGAUAAGGUGGUUAUCCUAGGCGAUGGAAAUCCUAAAGUUGUUAUAAACCACGAAGCCGAUAUCGCAACCUACACUGUGAAGACCGUCGACGACCCGAGAACAUUGAACAAGACCCUCUUCAUCAGGCCUCCCAACAACACCUACUCGUACAACGAGCUCGUCGCCCUGUGGGAGAAAAUGAUUGGCAAAACACUUGACAAAACAUACGUUCCAGAGGAACAAAUGCUCAAACAGAUCCAAGAGUCUCCAAUGCCGGUCAAUCUUUUCUUGGCACUCAGUCACUCGAUCUUUGUCAACGGUGACUGCGCCAACUUUGAGAUCGAACCGUCCAUCGGAUUCGAGGCUUCUGAGCUAUACCCCGAAGUGAAAUACACCACUUUGGAAGAAGGGCUGAGACGUUUUGUUUGAGCGAAGUUGGAUCUUUUUUGUUUUGAAUAAUUCAGGAACUGACUCCGAGGG